AUGGCGGUCCCCUCUGUGACCCAUACUAAUCCAAGAAUAGCGGAAUUCGCCCGCCUCUUCGACAUUUUCGACCGUGUCGCGACACGACGUUCUCGGGCAAUCGCAGGCGCCACCACCCCCAACGUCAUCUCCGCAGACGAUAUCGCACAUGUGCCCGCAGAAUUUGCUCCAGUACUUAAGAGCCUCUCGACCGUCCUCGCGGCGCGGGCCCAGGGAGAGAUCAGGCGUGAUCGCCACACGCCAACGCAGCUAAUUACUUCGAACGUGCCGCCUCGCGCUACCAUGUCCAAACCAAAGGAAGUCUCAGUGGAGAAGGAGGAAGUCGAGAGCCCUACGUUCCCACUGUCGGAACGCUACCCUUUUACUUUCAAGCUUAUGCUGCAUAAGCUUUACGAUUUAGACGAGUGGGCGGCCAAAGUCAAGAACGCUUUGGAUGUGUCCAAAUCGCAGUUCAAACCAUUGGCGGAGAAGGUCGAGAGUGUAAUGAGGGAAGCUAGGGGAAAGGAGAAGACGAUGGAUCGUAAAGGGGUUACCCGAGCGCGAAGUUGUGCCACGUUAGCGACCGGGGGAAAGUCGAGGGGCUCCGUUAUGCCACGCGAGCGUGCGAAGAGUAUCGCACGCAACGAAGGGGACCGGGCGCUGAAGAAAAGGUGUGUGGGGAGACGCAAGUCGGUCAGUGGCCCGAUGGAGGCGAGCGUGUGGGUAUACGAUGCAGCGAUCUCAGCUGUGGAGGUCAACGGACCUCGUCCCACCGUGGAGAUUACACUUUCAAAGACGACAAAUAGGCCCUCCGGUCAAGAUAGUCGUAUGCGACAUCAGUCAUUAGCGGGGUUGGAAGGGAUUCGUGCUCGCGACACAGCGAGGAGAAAAGUGAGAAUUGAAGUUCCUAUUCCUCUGCAAGACGUGGUCUCGCUCGCGGAACGUUCGAAGUUUGAGAGCGUUCAUGUGAAGGAUAUCCCAAGGAAGCGGAGAGCGAUGGAGUCGGUUGACAAUUUGGGGGGCGUAGUUCGGCCAAGAUGGCAUGGACAUGGACAGGGACAUGUGGACCUUUCAUGAGCUUGUUGGACUCUUCUUUAUAGCGUAUAUCUUCUGUUUUAUAACUUACUUCUUUGUCGUAACGCUGUGUAGAUAGUACUGUAGAUACGUGGGUGUGGCCCUCAUGAUUGUGGUUGAGAGUGAAGUUCGCA